AUGGAUUUUCCACCUUUUCUUAAGUUAUUACAUUGGGAGGAAUAUCCAGGAAAGUGUCUUCCUCAUACACUUAGGCCGGAAAAUCUUGUCGAACUCAAUUUAGAAAAUAGCAAGCUCAGGCAUUUGUGGGAAGGAACCCAGCCAGUUAGAAAUCUGAAGAAGCUGAUUUUGACAGCGUCGUAUAAUUUGGAGAAACUCCCGGAUCUUGCGAAUGCUACAAAUCUCGAGAUUUUAAAAGUGGCUGAAUGUCGGAGUUUGGUAGAGAUUCAUUCCUCUGUUGGAAAUCUUCAUAAACUAGAGAAGUUGGAGAUGGAACUUUGUAGAAACCUACAAGUUGUUCCGACUCUCUUCAAUUUGGCAUCUCUUCAAUCUCUCUCGCUAGCGGGAUGUGGCCUACUGAGAAAACUUCCAGAUAUUUCCGCGACCAUCACAGUCCUCUCAAUCAUAGACACGAUGUUAGAAGAAUUUGCUGCAUCAAUUAUGCUCUGGUCUCGUCUUGAGGUCCUCACUAUAACUGGCAGUGUCAUUCCACAUGGACAGUACAGAGAGAUAUUGUUAGAAUUCAGCAGCUCAUCCCAGGACAUCGAAAUUGUUGAAUGUGGUGUCAAGAUCUUUAGGGACCUUGUCCACUAUAUUAUCCAUUUACCUUUUGUGAAACAGUCGUUGGUGGAACAGUUUGUGGAAGACGGUCUCUGUGAUGAAAGCAUUGCUCCAGCAAUAGUAGAGACCAUGGUGGAUUUGGGUAAAACCGCUGAGUGUGUUGCAGCAAUAGAAAAUAUGGUUGAUGAUUAUAAUCUGAGCCUUAUGACGAAAAACCUGAUUGAAGACCAAGAUAGAAGACCCUCUAAGAAGAGAAAACGAUGA